AAAUAUCAAUUUUUUCUCGAAAAUUAUCUAUCAAAAUUACCAUCAUCAUCAUCAUCAAAAACAGCAAAUAGUUAUGAUCAAUCAUGUCAUUUACCAAUCGAUCAAUUUGGUCCAUUUGAUCAGUCAAUAAUUAAAUAUCUAGAAUUACGUCCAAAACAAAUUGAAUGUGAUCAACAACAAUAUUUUCAGCCAAUAACCUAUGUAAAAAGUGGUUGGCUACGGCAAAACAAUACCGAAUAUGAUUGCAAUUAUCAAUUCAUAUGGAAAAAUUUAACCGAUGAUUCAUAUCCACUAUAUAGUGAUAGAAAAAAACUUGACAUUCAUAAUGGUUUGCAAUUGUUAUUGAAAGAAAAUUACAUAUACAUUGAAUGUCAUCAUCAAUUGAAUGGAAAUUAUUAUGAAAAUCUUCAUUAUUGGUUUAAUCCACAAAUCAACAACAACAACAACAACAAUGAUGAUGAUGACAAUUUAACCAUCAAAAAUGUCCAUAUUAAUGAGAAAAAUACUGUUCAUUAUUCGAAUUUGGAUGAAAAUCCAAAGUCAUCAUCAUCAUCAACAACAACAAAAACAACAAUGACAGAUGAAAUAUCUGUAUUUAUACUUGUUAUUGAAUCAUUGUCAAGAUUAAAUUAUCAACGUUAUCUAAAUCAAACUAGAAACAUAUUAGAGAAUGAUUAUGGAUAUUUAUAUUAUCUAAAUGGUUUGAACAAAAUUGCUGACAAUUCAUUUCCAAAUAUGGUGCCAUUAUUAACUGGUAAACGGGCAUAUAAUAAUGAAUUAUGGAAUGAUAAUUAUGGCCCAUAUGAUGAUUGGCCAUUGAUUUGGAAACAAUUUCAACAGAAAGGUUAUCGUACAGCAUUGGUGGAAGAUUAUCCAAAAUUUUCAUUAUUUAAUUAUGAAUCAAAAGGAUUCACAAAACAUCAACCGACAGAUUUUUAUCCACGACCAUUUUGGUUACGUUUAUUUGAAGAAUACAAUACUUUCCGAACAAGAAUGGAACCAUUCGAUAUAGAUCAUUGUUAUAAAAAUCGUGUGCCUAAAAUAGAUAUAUUUCUUGAUCAGACAAAACAUUUUAUUGAAAGAUGUCAACAGCAAUCAUUACCAUAUUUUGGUUUCUUUUUCUAUAUUGAAAUCACACAUAAUGAUUUUAACGCUGCACAAAUGAUUGAUUCCCAUUUGGCAAAAUUUUUUAAACAAACAAAACAUUCACUUGAUAAUAAUACAAUAGUCAUAUUGAUGGGUGAUCACGGCAAUCGAUUUGGUUCGGUAUUGGAAACACAGAUUGGACGUAUCGAGGAAAGAAUGCCAUUGUUUGCGAUACGUUUACCUGAACAAUUGCAUAGUAAACAUCAGAAUCUAUCUAAAUAUCUUGAUAUGAAUCGAUCAAGAUUAGCAACUUGGCUAGAUGUUAAUGUAAUGCUUAAUGAUAUUUUAAAUGCAAACUAUACUAGUAUCGAUAGCAAUAAUAAUAACGAUGAUGAUGAUGAUAAAUUGUCCACGAUUCGAUCACGUUAUUCACCAUGGCGUGAAACAAUUCCAUUGAAUCGUAAUUGUUCAACAGCAUUGAUUCCGGAUCUUUAUUGUGCAUGUGAUUCACAUAUAAUGAUGGAAACAAAUUCAUCAUUAAUAACUGAUGCAUCCUAUGCAUUAGUUGAUUAUCUUAAUGAAAUACUCAUUGAUUAUCGAUCAGUUUGUCAUCGACUUGUUCUUAAUCAGACACGUUUGGCUGAGCAAAUUCUACCGAGUACAGCAACCGUACAUUAUCGUAAUUAUAGACAACAGAUUGAAUUAACCAUAUUGGUUGAACCAUCAAAAGGCCUGUUUCGUAGUCGAUUAUAUCGUACAGCUAAUGAUCCAGAUCAUUGGAUCGUUGAAAGUGGCCAAAUUACUCGUAUCAAUAAAUAUGGACAACAAUCAUCCUGUAUUACACAACGUGAUUUAAAACCAUUCUGUUAUUGUUAUGAUCAACAACAAGUAUAAAAAAAAAUAGACAGAAAUCAUUAAUGUUUGUCAUUUUGUAAAAAAAAAAAAAAUAAUAAUAAAAAGUUUUAAUCCAAACCAACAGAUGUCGGGUGUGUGUAGUGUACGUGAAUAAAAAAAAACAUGUACGCUCUCUUAAACACAAACACACAUAGAAGCAUCGAUCAAAGUUAAUCAAAUUGUAGCUGUAUCAGUAGUAGUAGCAUAGCAAUCUCAUAUGAAUUUGUUUGAAUACAAAAUAAAACCACUUCCCAAUAGAUAAAUGCUACAAAACAAAAGAACAAUGUAUAUUUUUGGACGCAUGCUCAAUUCUGAUUGUUUGAUCACAUAAUGUAAUGAUUUCAUGAUUUUGAUGCUCGUUGGCAUGUGUUGUUGAUGAUGAUGAUGAUGAUGUCUUGAAAAACGCAUUGGCAUUGAGAGAAGAAAAAAAAAGUUAGAAUGAAGUAAAAAGAAUAAAUAAUAAA